AACAGUUUAUGCUGUCCGUUCCCCUCCCUCUCCCUCUCUCUCUACGUGAGAGAAAAGAACGCAGACGAGACAGAACAGAAGAGAAGAAACGAAACGUUCGUCAUCAUUACUGUCGAGCAUUGCCGGGCGAGCAGAGGGACUCUCGACGCUCCCCCACCCCCAAUUGACUCGUUCCCCCCUACGGAGCAGCGCCUACGCCUACGCCGGCCGCUGCAUUAUUAUUAUUCUGCUGAUUUACUUCUUAUUUGAACUUCCCUGUGACUGCCGGAAAUAAUGGGCCAGACUUUAUCAGAGCCCGUGGUCGAGAAGGUGAGUAACUGAAUCGAAAUGACUUCCUUCGCCCACCCCACCCUUACGCAACUGCGAAUUCUUCUGCGCCUAGGCUGUUCACCCCAACUCUCUCACUCUCUCCCAUUGUCCCUGCUUUCGUCCCAUUUGCUUUUUUUAAGAAGAAAAAAAAUUUUUAAAAAAAUAAAAAACAAAACUUCGAUCUUCUGUCGUGACCUUCCGUACCUUGCACUUUCCCCCUCUCCCCACCAUACCCUUGCGAAUCGACAGUUUUUGCCGCCAACAAUAACAGAACAGACCAAUCGUGUCGUGGAAAGCGGCUUCUGGCUGUUUUGUUGAAUGUACUUACCAUUUUUCAUGCGGAAAUACUAACCGUUUGGGACAUGCUUGCCAUUAGACAUCCUCGGAAGGCGAGGAUGAGUGCUGCAUUUAUGGCGUCUCCGCCAUGCAGGGCUGGAGAAUUACUAUGGAAGAUGCCCAUGCCGCUAUCCUAGACCUUCAAGCGAAGGCUGCCGAUGAAACUGCAAAACCUGCAGCUCCAGAUAAGCGUCUCGCGUUCUUUGGAGUAUACGAUGGCCAUGGCGGCGACAAGGUUGCUCUAUUUGCGGGGAAUAACGUCCAUAAAAUUGUGGCAAAGCAAGAAGCAUUUGCAAAAGGUGAUAUUGAGCAGGCUUUGAAGGACGGCUUUUUGGCUACGGAUCGAGCUAUCUUGGAAGACCCAAGAUAUGAGGAGGAAGUGUCUGGCUGCACUGCCUCUGUCGGCGUAAUUUCGAGGGAGAAGAUCUGGGUUGCGAAUGCCGGUGACUCACGCUCUGUGUUGAGCUCCAAGGGCAUCGCAAAGCCCCUCUCUUUUGACCAUAAGCCACAAAAUGACGGAGAGAAAGCUCGUAUCAGUGCCGCGGGUGGUUUCGUUGACUUUGGUCGUGUCAAUGGCAAUCUAGCUUUAUCCCGAGCCAUCGGCGAUUUCGAAUUCAAGAAGAGCCCAGAGCUGUCUCCCGAGCAGCAAAUAGUGACGGCCUUCCCUGACGUGACGGUUCACGAAGUUACCGAAGAUGAUGAAUUUUUGGUAAUCGCCUGUGACGGAAUUUGGGACUGUCAGUCUUCUCAGGCUGUAGUCGAGUUUGUACGACGAGGAAUUGCGGCGAAGCAGGAUCUCUAUCGGAUUUGCGAGAACAUGAUGGACAAUUGUCUCGCAUCAAACAGUGAGACGGGUGGCGUCGGAUGUGACAAUAUGACCAUGAUCAUCGUUGGUCUGUUGAAUGGCAAGACCAAAGACGAGUGGUAUAAUCAGAUCGCUGAGCGAGUUGCUAAGGGCGAUGGCCCUUGUGCUCCACCUGAAUAUGCUGAAUUCCGCGGUCCCGGUAUCCGUAACCAGUUCGAAGAAGGUCCAAGUGACUAUGAGCUAGAAAUUGACCGAACGCGCGGUUUCAGUGUCCGAUCCGGCAGAAUUAUUCUCCUUGGAGAUGGCACCGAGGUGAUCACAGAGCAGAACGACGAUGACUUAUUUGACCAUGCAGAAGAGGACAAGGCACUAGCGAACCAUGUGCAACAGAAUCAGCCUGAGGCUACGAGAAAUGUGCGCGAAGGGACUCCAGCACCGCAAGCGACGGCUUCUGCUUCAUCUCAAGCUGGUCAAACGCCUCAGCCUGAGGCGAAAGUAGCUUCUCCAGCUAAAGCGAACGGCUCAUCCGAGAGCACUGCCGGAGCGUCGGAGAAAUCCACACCUUCGUAGUUGUGGUUCUCAGUUUCCGAUUUCAUUUCCUUUUCUUUGGGGGGUUUUUGAAGAGAUUCGUGCGAUUGCAUGACCCGUUCAUCCAACUACACUAUGCUCCUCUUUUACUUCUCAACUUUUCAUUAUAUCACUGGGAUGGUGGAUAAGGGAGGACAGUCUUCCCUUGCCUGUAUGACUUGCUGGGUGAAGUAGGCGCGGAAUGCUGUCGGCCAUGGCGGUUUCCAAGCAGCCCUCACGAGAAUACGUCUGUUUUCUGUUUUUUUUUUUUUUUCUUUCUUUCUUCCCCCUUCCCUUUUUAUACCUCCUGGGCCAUGAUACCGACAGCGCAAGGGGCUCUCCAUCACCUUCUAUUUCAAUUUCCGCGAUUCCUCUUCUCCGUUUCCCCUUUAUAUCACAUCCUUCCGACAUCUGCAGGGCUGCGCCAUGGACUGGAUAGCAAGGGGCUUGCCAAUGGGAUUCAUCGAUUCAUCGGUUGUUCAAGCGGUCUCGGAAGAAAGGGAAGGGAGGGACAUGAUCGAUGCUGAUAAUAUUGCACUCAUAAGGCGUAAACGGUACUUCAGUCUACUGAUUCAAGGUUGCUUGUUUUUACUUCCUCUUUUCGCACCUUUUUUAGCCUGGGCUGAAAUGGCAUGAGCCGCUUUUCUUUCCGGCAGUUGAGGCAAUGUUCCGUUAUGAUGGAUGCAAGCGGUGCUCUUUUCGAUUUUUCUUUUUGCUUUCUUUUCGUUCUUUUCCCUUAUUCUUUUCCCGCUCUCCUGGUUUCGCCAUACUUGUAUAGAAAAGAGCCAGCGCAGCAAUCGGCAUGUAGGAUGUGGCAGCUUCGAGUCGCGGAGUAGCACGUGUAACUGUACUGUACUGUACUGUACUGUAUUUCCAGAUACGAUACGAUACGAUACGGGAACAUACUAUCCAUACCAUACGUGGCAUUCUCCCUUAAUUAAAAAGUGGCCCCGUCAAAAACGCUUGAACAU